ACCAAGAAUAUUGAAGAUAACGCCGAUAACACCGUAGCAACCUGGCGGUGUGGUAGCUCCUAAGCAAAAACACACUCACUCACUCAUCGAUCUCGCUAGUAAUUCAAUUCACACUCAGAAACUGAUCCAUUUCUCUUCUCCCACUCCGACUGACUAUGGCUGCUGCUGUUUCCUCUUCUUUCGUCCUCACCAAAUCCGUGUCAUCCAUAAAUAAGGUGGAUCACUCACGAGUGAUGAUCAAACCGUCCGGCUUGUCACAAAAUCUAAAUUGUCAAGGGAGAACUCAACUAUCUUUGACUAGAAGGCCUCUAACAGUUCAAGCUACAUAUAGUGAUGGUGGAAGGCCCAGCGGUGCUAGCGUCUUUGUUGGUGGCUUCGUCUUGGGAGGAUUAAUAGUUGGCACCCUUGGUGCUGUGUAUGCACCUCAGAUCAGCAAGGCUUUAGCUGGAGCUGACAAGAAGGAGUUAAUGAGAAAACUGCCAAAGUUUAUAUAUGAUGAAGAAAAGGCUUUAGAGAAAACACGGAAAGUACUGGCUGAGAAGAUUGAACAAUUGAAUGCUGCCAUAGAUGAAGUUUCCUCUCAGCUUCGGUCAGAGGAUGAGGGUCCUAAUGGAGUAGCUGUGAACUCUGAUGAACUAGAAGCUGCCGCAUGAGACUGUUGUUGUGAUGUCAUGGUACAAUUGGACAUUACGCACUUCACUGGAAAUCUCAAUGGUACAAAAUGUGCUUAGAAUUUGUUGUAAUAUCUUUCCAUUUCUUCUAAGUAAUAAUCAAAGCGGUUCUUUCUAUGACAGCGUAUAUUGGGUAAAUAGUUGUUUUGUUGUUGUAGCUGGUUUCCCGUGAUCAGUCAGUAAUUGACUUUUAGCGAAUGACUGCAAUGCUGGGGCACGAUACAGAAAUUCUCACAGUUAACUGUUUCUCGUUUUGUAUUGUUUAAAUAAUCUGUGAUUGAUGGUUGCUCUAGAUUGUGAACAAUUUCUCUUUGGAUUCUCUACUAGGAUGUUGUCACUUUUGCCGCAAACAUGAAAUGGAUGAUAGCUGUGGAUCCA